AUGUACCUAAUUGUGGAGUUUGAGGGAGAAGGGACGACUGGACCAGCUGCCAAGUCCUGGUAUGCAGAUGGCUACUCCUGGUGGCCACCAUAUAAAGAUCUUGACAGGUUGCUGAAGAGUGUUCGGACAAUGGAGGCACCACAGCCAGAAAAAGGGUGGACCCGACAUAGAGCAAGAAUCCUGCACGAGUCUGCAUCUUUUCAGAAUGUAGCCAACAAUUGGAAGAAGGCCAGCUAUACUUCUGACAUAAACUCAGAACCUGAAAUUGCUGGAAAAAGGAUUCCCAAAAAGAAAACAAGUACAGAUCAUAUAUACUCAUCAGAUGAAGAGGCAGCAGAACCACCCAUUAAAAAAAGAAAAGCUGCAAACAAAACAAGUGUUCCACCUGCACCAAAACCUCCAGCCAUUCCAAAACUAAAAAAAAAAGGUCCUAUUGUGCAACCUCAGGUUUCACAGAGCAGAGCAGUAAACGCUCUCAGCAACUCAUGCGUCAAUCAGCAACAAAGGGACACGGAAGACCAACAACAGACCUGGUGUGAGAGUCUCCCCAGCUUCCAAGCUCCACUGCGUAUGUCUCAGCCAGACCAUGACGGAGACAGCUGGUGUGUUGCUCACCCUAACACACAAGAGCACACGUUUGCUGUCCUGAGACCCUCAGGGGACCACCAAGGAAGAGGCCAAACUCCAGUGGGCAUCUCUCAGGCGGACCAUCAUAGCGACAGCUGGAGUGCUCAUCCACCUGACACACAAGAGCACACCUUUACUGUCUUGAGACCCUCAGGUGACUACCAAGGAAGAACACAGACUCCAGCGGGCAUCUCUCAGGCAGACCAUCAUAGCGACAGCUGGAGUGCUCAUCCACCUGACACACAAGAGCAAACCUUUUCUGUCCUGAGACCCUCAGGGGCACACCAAGGAAGAACACUGACUCCAGUGGGCGUCUUUCAGGUAGACCAUCAUGGAGACGGCUGGAGUGCUCAUCCACCUAACACACAAGGUACUUCUUGUGGGAGACAGGAAAAUCCAGUCUUGAGUACUGUAACAAAUCAAUGUACAUCUGUAGAAAGGGCAAUUCUGGAAACACUAGAGAAAAUGGACAUGAAGAUCAACCAUCUGACUUCACUGGUCCAGUCUCUAGUGGGGAACAGGCGUAUUGUACCCCAAAUGCAGAUGGCUGAAGAGGAAGAGGGUGGUGUCUUUCCUCUAGCAUCUAUUGCAGACCUAGAUAGGCUGGAACAAAGACUGGCAGACAGAGGGUUUAUGCAGAGAAUGGUGAACAGAUUAUCCAUCAGUGGCGGGCCGAGCAUGAAGAAAACCGUAUGGAGGAUUUGCUCCAAGGUGUUCUCCACUGACGUCGCCCGGCAGUUGAACUGGUGCGGGAGGGGAGACAAAAGAGGGAUCCGAAAAUCACAAAUCGGAGCACUCCUAAUAGCUUCAGCUAUGAGGAACCCCGUCCUUCUGUCUCCAACCGAAGCAGACGCGGAAAAAUUUAUAAAAGAUUUCCUACGCUUGGCCCCAGGGAGGAUUUAACUUUUUUUUUUUUUGAAUGCCUGUAUAUAUUUUACUAAUAGUGUAUUGUUGUUUGUAUAAACUUGUUUUGUAUAAAAAAACCUUUUUUUUGCCUGUUAUAUAUAUAUUUAAUAAAAUCAACAAAUG